UUGAACGCGUGUAUUUAGUAGUGUCCCGAAGCAGGACGUGAAGCUGGAGCUCGUACGGUCCGUCAGUCAUGUAGCAAACUAGCAGCAGCUAACUGCUACCAGGCUAGCUGGCUAAUGUGUCCGAGCAGCAGCAGAGCAGCAAAGUGAUUUCUUUUAUCAGUCAAAGUGGCAGUGUGGCUACAGACUGAAGAUAUCCGAGAAGAGGAGAUAUACAAAAGUCCUGCUCUCUAGUUUUCAUCCCCCUAAGUCCGUGGUCUUGAGACCCAAUGUUGCCACGGGAAGAAAGAGACAAACCGAGACAGAGCACUCCAUGAAUGAGUGGCAGCCAAGAUAGAGGAACGACAACAUACCAAGAGGAGAGACCCUUUUUCUGCAUCAGUCUUGCGUAACAGAUUUCAACAGAGCUCAGUGGCCAGACCGUUGCCAUGUCGACCUCAUCGCUACGGCGACAAGUGAAGAACAUCGUCCACAACUAUUCAGAGGCUGAAAUCAAGGUAAGAGAGGCGACGUCCAAUGACCCAUGGGGCCCCAGCAGCUCUCUUAUGUCAGAGAUUGCCGAUCUUACCUACAAUGUCGUGGCCUUUUCGGAAAUCAUGAGCAUGGUAUGGAAGCGCCUCAACGACCACGGCAAGAACUGGAGACAUGUGUACAAGGCUAUGACUCUUAUGGAGUACCUGAUCAAAACGGGUUCAGAACGUGUUGCCCAACAGUGCCGAGAGAAUAUUUACGCAGUCCAGACCCUCAAAGAUUUCCAGUACAUAGACAGAGAUGGCAAAGACCAGGGGGUGAAUGUUCGAGAGAAAGCCAAACAGUUGGUGACACUGUUGAAAGAUGAAGAGAGACUAAGAGAGGAGAGGAUCCAUGCCCUGAAAACCAAAGAGAAGAUGGCACAGACCUCCAGUGCCUCCUCAGCCCCCUCAGCACCCAGCCUGGGGGGCAGCCUUUCGCUGGGCUCUCACUCCGGUGGUGCUGAUAGUGAGCAGGCUUGGCCACAGAGCUCUGGAGAAGAAGAUCUGCAGCUCCAGCUGGCUUUGGCCAUGAGUAAAGAAGAGGCAGAGCAGAAUAGCACGGACCCUCUGGAGGAUGCAGAGCUCCGCUAUGCACUCACACUCAGCAAAGAGAUUCACCAACAGGAGGAGCGGCUGCGCAGAGGUGAUGACCUGAGACUGCAGAUGGCUAUCGAGGAGAGCAAGAGGGAGAAGCCAAAAUCAGAGAGUGCUCUGAUGGAGCUGAGUGCUGUGGACCCCUGGGGGGCCCCUGCUGCUCCCGCUGUGGGCUCUGCUGGACCCUCACCUCCACCCACAGUUUCUGCCUCUGCUGCCUCAGGCCCAUGGGGCACAGCUUCCACAGAUCCAUGGGGGGUAGCAUCACCUACAUCCCCUACUAGCUCCGACCCUUGGGGUGGGGGAGCUCCGCCCACUAUAGCUCCUCCUCCAGACCCCUGGGGAGAUACAUCCAACAAAGUUAACAACGUCGACCCUUGGGGAAGUUCAGCUGUGACCCCCCCCAGUGCUGACCCCUGGGGUCCUCCAUUGCCUCCCAGCACUUCCUCCUCUGGGGGGCCAGUAGACCCCUGGGCAAAGGACGGGCCUGUCCCUGCCUCUGACCCUAUCACCUCCGACAUCUGGAGUGGCUCUGCCAAACACACUAACGGCACAGUAGAUCCAGAGAGGCGAGGUUCUUCAGCAACAGGCGCUGACAGCACAGGCUCACCGGUGCCCUUUGACCUGUCCUCUCUUGGAUCUUCACUUCCUGUUCGGAAGACUCCUGAGUCCUUCCUUGGCCCCAACGCAGCACUGGUGGAUCUUGAUUCCCUGGUGCCGUCUAAACCCAAACCCAAACAGCCACCACCACCUUCCAUCUCUUCCUCAUCAGCACACAAUCCCUUCCUUCAGAACACAGGUUCAUCUCCUGCUACUGGUAUGGCAGUGACUCCAGGCAGUACCAUUUCCAGUAGGGGGGUUUCUCCAACACCUGCGUCCUCCAACCCUUUUGGUGUGGCCCCUCCUAUGACCUCUAUCUCACCUCAGCCCUCCUCACUUGGACUGAGUGGCCUCCGCACCAGUCCUGUGCCUCCCAAUCCCAUGCUGGGCAUGGUGCAACCAGGAAUGGGCAUGGCGCCGAUGAGUAUGGGAAUGGGGGCUCCAGGAAUGGGCCUGGGCAUGAUGCAGGCCAGCCCCAUGGGCAUGCCCUACAGUGGGCUCUCCCCAAUGGCACCCCCAGGCUCGGGUCUCAUGGGACCUGGAGGUGCACCACCUCCUCAGCUGAUUUUGGGUGGGCCCACAGGAACAGGAGGGGUGAUGGGGGCGGGAGGAUCAGUGGGAGGUGGAGGAACGACGGGUGCAAGCACCAACCCAUUUCUUCUUUGAGGAAGUGUCACCACUACUUGGCUCACCUUUCAGCCUCCUCUGUCAUACCUGCUGCCCCCAACAGUCGUCUCCCCUCGAUGCAAUUUGUGUCCAAAAAGAAAAAUGUCUACAUCUCUAUAUUUAAAGAAAACAAACAAAAAAAACCCAACAAAAAAUCAAAUUUUUUUUGUUAAUCUUUUCCUUUUUGAAAGCAUUAUUUCAUUUCAGAAUAAUUUUCUUUGUCCUUUCAUUUCAUGGAUUACUUUUGGGGUGGGAAAUAGAUCUAUUUAUUUUUGUUUUAAUCCAGUUCUGUCUCGUAUUUCAUGUGUUUCCUUUUCUUUUUUUCUUUUGUUUUGUUUUUUUCAGUCCUGUCUUAAAAUGAAGGUAAGUCUGUGAGACCUCGAGUCUUUCUCAGUACUGUCACUCUGUUCUAACAUUACUGCACUGAGAGAGAGGGAGGGAGGGCGAGGAGACACAGCCACUAACAAACUGGACAGAGAAACUGUUGUACCUGCCUCUUCCUCUUUUCGCCCUCUAGGAUGAAGACAAACACUGAAUCACUGAAAUGAAACAAGUGCAUGAAGAGUUAUUUUUAAUGAACUGUAGACUGAGAUAUGGGCUGAAAAACCUGCAUUAACAUUUCAGGCACAAUGUGGUCAAAUUGUCUCACUUUUAAUUUAAUUUAAUGUUAAAUGUAAUUUAUUUUUUCCAACUUUUGGGAACAAAUAAACAAGGAAAAUCAUGUGAUGAUGCCAUUUAGAUCAAC